UUUUGUUUAUAAACGGAUAACAUAUUUUUAAUUUUUACAUUAAUUUCAUGUUUAUAAAUGAAACAAUGUUUAAUAUUCUGUUCUGAUAUCAAAAAUGCGUUAAUAAUUUAAAUUAUAUUGUCGCAUUCCGUUUAACAAGAAGAAUACAAAUUAAAGAACUCACAAUGCUUGCUGUUUUGUUUUUAAAUCGCAUAACAACUCGGCGACGAGCCGCAUAUGCAUUACAGUCGAUAAAACCUGAGAAAAAAGACCCAGAGGUAUUAUGUAGAACUUGUUUAAGUAUCGAAAAUUUGGUACCAAUUUUCGAUAGCAAAGAAAAUUCUGAGAAAAGGUCUUCAGAUUUAAGAUUAGUUACUGGUUUAGAGAUCAAACCCAAUGAUGGUUUAUCACAAAAAAUAUGCAAAAGUUGUAUCAAAGCUAUGCAAUCCGCUCUACAAUUCAGAAAAACAAGUAGAAAAGCAGAAAAAAUACUCCUCAGUACAGUAAAUAGUAUAAAAAUGAAAAAGAAACACACAGAAAAAUCCAUACUGGAUAUAAAAAAGAGUCCACAGAUAGAAAAGGAGGAAAGCAUAGAUUAUAAUUAUGAAUUUUUAGAUAAUGAUUUUCAAACAGAUUAUUCUGAUGUGCCAGAGUUUAAAUCACAAUUAGUUUUAAAGAGACGGAGGAAAGAGUCUAAAGGUAAAAGGGUAACUUUGAUUCCAAAUGCCUCCUCAUACAGAUGUAACUACUGUUCCAAAGAGUUUCGUAUGAAGGCUACAUACAAGGCACAUCUGCGCUUCCAUACGCAUUACUGUGUUUGUGAGUCAUGCGGCAAACGCUGCAGGAAUAACAAUCAGCUGCAAGAACACAAGCGGGCACGUCACGGCCUCGGUCGUAUACACAGCUGUGCGUACUGCGAGUAUACCUCCGCUACUAAAGAGGCUCUCACAAUCCACGAACGUCGACAUACGGGCGAACGGCCGUAUGUAUGCGACCAUUGUGGAGCCACCUUCCACCGCCGCUCUAACCUGGUCCAGCAUAUCGCGAUACAUCUGCCUGAGAAGAACUUCCAGUGUGAUAUGUGCCCAAAACGCUUGAAAUCUCGCAAGUUUCUACAGAUUCACAAACAUAAUGCGCAUACAGGCCGUCGUUAUGGUUACCUCUGUCCUGUUUGUGAACAUCGCUUUGAGAAGCCAAACAAAGUUCGAGCACAUAUGCGUCGUGUACAUGGACUCCCUGAAGACACACACAGCCCUAUUGUUAGGGUGCAAUUGUGAUACUGGCAGGAAAGGAAUUUUGAAAUCACUGGCCACUAAGAAUAUUUUAUUGAAAAAAAAGUUGGAAAUUAUCUCUGGCCAUGAAUAAUCUCAAGCCUUUUGAUAAUUUGGUCACCGAAUCCCAAGAGUGUUAAGUUUUAUUUAUUUGUAA